AUGUGUGUUAUGAAGGAUAUAAUGGCAAGUUGGGAUGAGAAACUUCGUACAGCUGCAAGGGAGGGGAAUAUAAAAGAGGUAGAAUUAUGUGUAAAGAACAGAGCUAACUUGGAAUGUAGAGAUGUUGCUGGAAUGACACCAUUAAUAUGGGCGGCUGUGGGAGGACACCUGGAGGUGGUGACUUACCUGGUCACUCACGACAGUCAGUUAGAGGCCACAGACAGGAUUGGAUUGACACCAUUAAUGUGGGCGGCUGUGGGAGGACACCUGGAGGUGAUGACUUACCUGGUCACUCACGGCAGUCAGUUAGAGACUACAUCCAGGAGUGGACGAACAGCUUUACAUUAUGCUGCUGAGAAUGAACAGAUUGAUGUAAUAAAAUGUUUAAUAGAUCAAGGAUGCAGUCCUUGGGUGAAAACAUUGGAGGUACAUGUAACAUUCAGUUUUAUUCUUAUUAGAUAG